AUGAUGUUUGCCUGCGCGCUGCCCCUGAUGAUCUGGGGAGACGCGGUACUAUACGCCGUUCACAUCCUCAACCGGAGCCCUACGCGAGCAAACGCAAAGAGAGCGUCACCACUCGAGGUGCUGACGGGCAAGACGCCGGAUCUGCGUGGAAUUGUCGUUUUUGGCUCCCAGUGCAGCGUGUAUAGAGACCCGCGCAAGAACUCGCUGCUGCAGCGCUCGGGGCGCGCCAUCAUUUUCAGCGUCAGCGAGGAAACCAAGGGCUACAAGCUGCUGCUGCCGCGUGACAAUAAAGUGGUCGUCAUGCACCACAUCAAGAACAUCAAGACAUUGACGGAGGCGCAAAACGCGCAACUCCAGCGCGCGAUGGACGUCGGCGAUCGAGCCGGAGGCCAGGAGGAGACGGACGCGCCAGCAGCAGCAGUGGCGAACGAUGUUCGCGCAGAGGGCAAGAGGGAGACGCGUAAAAGCAGAAAGCGAUGGACGCGAGCGGCGCAUAGAACACGCGGAGCGUUGAAACGCGCAGAAGCGGCUGCUCGUCAGGAGGAGACAGCCGCGAGCGGAGAAGUCUUGAUGCGCAGCGGAAAGCGCGAAGGGUGGGAGAAGGCGAUGCAAGAGGAGAUCGCCUCGCUUGAGGCCAACGACAUCUGGACUAUCACAAGGCGAACGGCAGGACAGCAUGCGCUGCACACCAAAUGGGUCUACAAGACCAAUACAGAUGCGCAGGGCGACCUCGAGCGGCUGAAAGCGCGACUGGUGGUGUAUAGGAACGAACAGGUGCUUGGGGUCGACUACACGCUUACCUUGGCUGCCGUGAUGGACCUAUCGACGAUCAAAGUGAUCCUGGCGCUUGCGGCUACGUGGGGGGUGCCUGCCAAGCACGGUGACAUCCCCAACGCCUACGUUAAAACGGACAAAGAGCCGCACCUGCGCAUCUAUCUACAGAUGCCGCACGGCAUGCCAGUCUCGAAGGAGACGCUACAAGCGCAAGGCGUUUCGAACGCGAGCGAGCUGGUGCUGGAGCUGCGGAAGAGCCUCUACGGGCUCAAGUAG